AUGGCCGCCAAGCGCCGCGGAGCGGCCGCGCCGGCGGGAGCGAAGCGCGGGAAGCGCGAGGUGCGCGCGGAGCUGAGCGCGGCUCUCGAGGACGCGGAGCUGCGGGAGCGCGCGGGGGCGGCCUGGGCCCGCGGGGAGCGGCUGCGGCACGAUGCGGCGGCGCUGGAGCCGGCCCCGUUCCGGCACGCCGUCAUCCCCGGGUUCCUGGCGGGCGCGGCCUUCGCGGAGGCGCUGCGGGACGAGCUGAUGGGCCUCGCCUUCCGCGGGCGGCACAACGACCUCCUCUCGCUGCGGCAGUCCGACGAGCUGGGGGCAAACCCCGAGCCCCACAUCGCCGCGCUGAGGAACGCUCUGUGUGAAGAAUUCCGACCAUGGCUUUCUGCUGUGACCCAGAUAGAGCUGGAGCCAACUAUUGACAUCUCCUGUGCUAAAUACGAGUACACUGACGUGUUGCUGUGCCACGAUGAUGAGCUGGAGGGUCGGAGAAUCGCCUUCAUCCUGUACCUGGUGCCGCCCUGGGAGGGCAGGGACGGGGGAACGCUGGACCUGUACGGCACAGACGAGCACUUUCAGCCACAGCAAAUCACCAAGUCAUUAGUGCCUUCGUGGAACACACUGGUUUUCUUUGAAGUGUCUCCAGUCUCUUUCCACCAGGUGUCGGAAGUGGUGUCGCACAAGUGCCGCCUGUCCGUGAGCGGCUGGUUCCACGGCCCGGCAGAGCUCAGACCCGCCCGCCACGCUGAAGCUCCCCUGCCCAGGAGCCCCCACAUCCCCUGUGAUCAUGAAAUCCUGUAUGAGUGGAUCAAUCCAGUUUAUUUGGACAUGGACUCCCAAGCUCAGAUCCAGGAGGAAUUUGAGGAGCGAUCAGAAAUUCUCCUGAAAGACUUCCUGAAGAAAGAGAAAUACCAACUACUCUGUGAGGCCUUGGAGAACAAAGGGAUCCAGUGGAGCAGUCGGGGGCCUGCCAACAAGAGACUCUACGAGGCAGCAGAGGAAGGCACCAUCCCUGACACCCUGAAGGCAUUCCUGCGGCUGUUGCGCUCCGAGGCCUUGUUCUUGCUGCUUUCCAACUUCACUGGCUUAAAGCUGCACUUCCUGGCUCCCUCUGACAAGGAUGAAGAUGCUGGGGAAGGACGAGCAGCAGACACUGCUGGGCACAGAAGUCCCAAACCUGAGCAGGAAGAGGCUGAACAACCCUCUGACAGCAGUCCCUGUGAGCCAGACCAGGCUGCCAGCACUGGUGAGGCACAGGAUGGUGAGACACGGAACAGCCCGGGGGGCCCUGUGUGUGCGGGGGAGCUGAGGCGCUGGACCCACGGCCACUACACUCUGGUCCACGACACUCAGGCAACAGAGUUUGCUCUCGACCUGCUCUUCUUCUGUGGCUGUGAGGACUGGGAUCCUGAAUAUGGUGGCUUUACCUCCUACAUUGCUAAAGGUGAAGAUGAAGAGCUGUUGACAGUGAAUCCAGAGGACAACUGCUUGGCCUUAGUUUACAGAGACAAAGAAACUCUGAAGUUUGUGAAAUACAUCAACCAUCGUAGCUUGGCACGCCUGAACAAGCAUCCGAACAGAACAGGAUUUUGGGAUUUCUCCUUUGUCUAUUAUGAGUGAUGGUGCAGAGUGUGACCACUCACAGGAAAUGGGGGUGGGUGGUGGGCAGGUUCCUAUCCAGGCAUUCAGCUGGGACCUCAGUGCAGGCAAAUGUUGCUGAUGCAGCUUCAUCACACAGCACACAGCGGGGUCCAGGUGGCUUUUUGAACUGUGCAAAUGAAAUUCA